GAAUUUAGAAAAGUAAAAUGUUUAUUUUCAUAAUUUAAUUGAUUUUUAAACUGUAUAAAUCACAUGCCUGGCAACACUAAUAUUUCUGUCUCUUUAGUAAAAAAAUUAGGAAUUGUGGAAUUUUGUGACAUGGCUGGAAAUAACGCUGAAGAAGUUGAGGGAUCAGCGGGCGCAGAUACUAAGAACAACAGCAGUGGAGAAAUUCCCCUAGAUUUUACUAUAAAGCAUCCCCUGCAGAACACUUGGAGCCUAUGGUUUUACGACAACGACAGAACCAAAACAUGGGAGGAGAACCAAAUUGAAUUAACCACAUUUGAUUGUGUAGAAGAUUUCUGGCGGUUGUACCACCAUAUCAAGCAACCAUCUGAGCUGCGCCAAGGUCACGACUAUGCUGUAUUCAAACAGGGCAUUCGUCCCAUGUGGGAGGACGACGCCAACAAGAUGGGUGGCCGCUGGCUGAUCAGUCUUGAGAAGAAACAACGUAACUCUGAUCUUGAUCGGUUUUGGUUAGAUGUGAUUCUUCUCCUAAUUGGUGAAAACUUUGAUCAUUCUGAAGAGAUUUGUGGUGCUGUCGUAAAUGUGAGAGGAAAGCUUGAUAAGAUUGGUGUAUGGACUGCUGACACAUCAAAACAGCAAGCAAACUUGGAAAUCGGCAGGAAACUUAAAGAAUCGCUCGGGAUCCAUGGCAAAAUUGGCUUCCAACUCCAUAGAGACACCAUGGUCAAACACAGCUCAGCUACCAAGAAUCUUUACACUGUUUAGUCACUAAAUUAUUUGUAUCAAAUGCAUUGACGGUUGUUGUAGCUUUCAAAUGGUCUAUUUAUCACAUCACUGCAUAGAAGAAUGCUUAUAUUUUAUUAUUUAUAUCACUAGCCUGCAUAAACCUGUGUUACGUAAGCCGUCUUUCGCAUAAGAGUUUUUUUAACGGACAUUAAAAAAACAUUUAAAGACAGCAAAUGCAUUCUCAAGUAUAUGUUUUCACGACAGCUUUUAUAAACAGGACGUUUUUUAUCGAGCAGUGUUUCAUUUUCAAUAUUGAACAUCAUUAACUUCAUACUAUAUUUGAACAUUUUUUUAACUUCUAUUAAAAAACUCUCAUGUGAAUGAGGGCCUAAAUUUACUUAUUUUAACCUCAGCUAUCUGGUAGUGACAGUCCUGUCAAAAUCAGUCCAGCCAUUAGAGAUUAGCGGGAACAUUAUAUUUUGGGUCAUCAUUCAUCAUCAUCAUCAUCAUUAUGUUGGGUCAGCUAAGGUGGUGACACAUUUUCAGGUUUUUUUUUUACACCAUGUUUAUUAUUUUAGAUGUUUUAUUGCAACUUAAAAGUCAUCAAUAAGUAAUCAAUAAAGAAAAAUAAAAUUUGGCUUUGCAAGAUUUUUACUAUAAUUUUACUCUAUAUAAACCGUCAUUGCAUAUUAUAGAAUAAAAUUUUUAAUUUAACAGAAGAUUUUAGUAUUUACGUUGUCAUCUUGUGAGAGGGUAGAUUGUUUUUUUACUCUCAUUACAUAUUUGCGAUGAAAAUGAAAGGCUGAUGUUUGUACUGAGCUGUGCUUAAGUAUGUCUGAUGAGAUCGCAUUAGUUAUAAGUAUGUGUUUACUCAAAAUUUAUACCUUUUAACCAUCAAUCUUCUAUUAUAAAGUGGAUGCACAAUCAGCGACCAAAAAAGUCCCCACUCAAUGAAUGAAAACACAUGUUCUUGGCACUUGAUUCAAGUAGUAGUAUUAGCAAAUUCAACAUUAUAGUCAAUUCUUAAGGUUUAAUUUGCUCUGAAUUUGGGAUUUCAUUGAAUAUUGGACUAUAUUUGAAGACCUUUAGGUAUAAUUUUCUUUACCUAUAAUUCUAAAGCUGCCAAAGCUAAUUGGCUAGAUUUUAAGUGACAUUUUUUACAUGAUUGUGUGUCCUUUUAUUAUAAGAGGUCAAUGCUUUUAACACAUUGUAGCAAUAGGGGGGAAACUAGUGCUAUAUUACUACUUGGUUACUAGUAAGAGUCUCUAGGUUUCAUGACAAUCUUUUUGAUUUAUGUCGCUAACCAGUGGCGUAAGCGUAUCAUGGGGCCAGUGGCGUAUUCAUUGGAUGAGGCCGCAACAUCAUUUUGUGUUUUUUUUAUCAUUAUGCUGAUGGGCUUGGGGCCCAUUAUAAAGUUGUGGACUCGUGGCAUGCCAGCCAUGUCAUCCUAUAAUAACGGCAAUGUUACAUCAAGUAGGGGAGCCCGGGAUGCUAAAUUUGCAGUUACUAAAGCUUUAUGGGGACUGAUUGCAUUUGGUAGCUAAAAUAAAGAAGGAUACUUGGUGGAGGUACUAAACAAUGUGUAAGGUAUAGUCCCUUAUGUUAAUCUGCCGCGCUCGAGUAACUGCAAAAAUCCCCUCUUCGGCUCCCCUACUAAUACUAACUAAGCUAGUUUAUGGUUCAAUACAAACAUAACACUUUUUCUUUAGUUUCUUAAUGAACUCUACUUGCUACACUGUACUGUAUUACACUAAAGUUUUAUUUUUAAUCGAUGCACUUUAUUUAUGUAAUCUUACAGCGCUACCCUAACAUGCGAAAUUCAUGCAUAACGUUAUAAUUAUUGAUGUUUGUCUGUUUAUAAACGAAAAUAUUUUGGUAUUUCGUAAUAAAAGUUAUUAAAAGGUAA